AUCGGGAAAUGCUAAAUUGCAUAAUUGUCCCAUUGUCAUUGCAAAAUACUCUCUAGCCCUAGACGUUGUGGCGCCCAAAUUCGAAUAGAGGGAUAACAGAAAUAGUAAUCGUAUCUUUAAUACUUAUACGCGACAGUCUUAUGUUCUCAUCAUACUAUUCAGUAAAAUAAUCCAACACACGAUGACUGUUCUUGAAGAUUCAUUUUUCCUUUUUACUUGCGUCGGUUUUUGGAGACCAAUAAAAUGGAAUGGUUUGAAAGCGAAUCUUUACAAUUUCUACACUGCUUUUGUUGUAAUUACAAAUUGCUCAUUUUUUAUAAGUGGCAUAACCGAUAUUGAUUACGUUCAUUUUAAUUUAUUUGGCUCAAUGGAUUUAAUAUCAUUACUACUACAAUUUGCUGGAAACGUGCCAAAGAUUCUCUGUGUCAUAAAUAAUCGUAAUAUUGUGUUAGAAGUACUUCGAAAUUUUCAGAGUGGAUCAUUGGAGUCCAAAAAUGAUGAUGAAAAAUUAAUCCAACAGAAAUAUGAUAAUUUCAAUAGGCGCGUCAUUUUAUGGUUUCCUGUACUGAUGUUUGCGUCAAUAAUAUGGUAUACAAUUAACCACAUUGCGAUAAUGGAACCACCUACAGUUUUGCCCUACAAGGGUAGAAUACCAUACAAUUACUCGAGUAAUAAAAAAGUUUAUUUACUGACAGCUGCAAAUCAAAUUUAUUCAGUAUUCAACAUUGCAAGUACCAAUGCUGCAUUCCAUACCCUAUUUCCAACUAUGAUGUUUCAAAUUUGUGCUAAAAUAAAUAUUCUCGAAUAUCGUUUUAAAAUGAUGUUAAAAAAAUUUGAGCCCAGCGAAAAUAAUAACAGUGAGAAAUUGAGUAAAGAAAAUUUCUAUGAUAUUGAGAUAAAUUUGAUCGGUGAUUGGGUAGAAAGUCAUAUCAAACUUUUAAAUUUAUAUGAUUCUCUCAACUCACUAUUUACAAAAGCUGUUUUUGUUCAUUACAUUUUUAAUACAUUUUCAUUAUGUGCUAUUGCAUAUAUAUCUUCUCAUAUUCCUUUUGGUAGCUCAGCUUCUGUCAGUUUUCUGUAUUACUUUUCGGUAAAAUGUUCACAACAAUUUUUGCAGUGCGCUUCUGCUCAUCAAGUCACCAUCGAGUUUGAAAAUCUUCGCGAUACUAUUUUUGACACCAACUGGUAUACCACCAAAAGAGCCGUUCAAAACUCAAUGAUCAUAAUAAUGUCAAAAACUAUGAUACCAGUGGUUUUUGUUUGCGGAUAUUUCGUCGAUUUAUCUCUAGAUUCAUUCAAAAGUAUAAUGAAGUUGUCAUAUACUAUUUACAAUGUACUCGAAUAGUGAUAUUAAUAAUAAUAAUAUUUCUACUUAUUGUUUUGAAAAUUUAUAUAAAUACUCAUCAAUUUAGUAGUGAUUAAUAAUUUCUUUUUGUUUUACGUAAAUGUAAUUAGAAAAAUAACUAAAUAAACCUAAUUCAAUUAAAGUUAUU